AGAGAGAGAGAGAGAGAGAGAGAGAGACCUGGUUUCUCUAACACUAAUCUUGUCCUCGCAAUACACUCUCUCUAUGAGAGCAAUUAGAUUCAGCACGGUUCCCAGAGCCUCUGCAAUGACUCAUUGAAACAUCUUAUGUGCUGAUAGAGAGAGCCGCAGUUUUUUUUCUCCCCCAUCACACACACGCACGCGCGCGCACACAGGACGUUGGCUAUAGCAGGGCUGCCUUUCAGUGCAUCGGGACUUCUGUACUUUGGAUUUGCAGAUUUGCAGCACAUGAGGCUGCCCGCCUUGGCUGGCUGGCUGGACGUGCACUUGAGGCUCUCUGUGUUUUGUUUUUCCUGCUGUGUUUCUUCAUCUCAAGUCUGGACUUACAUAAAGAGUGGGACGGCUGGAGAUACAGGCUGAGGAUAUCCCAUCAAGCUGGAGCCCCGGUAACCAAAGAGCAUGCGAGGCUCUCUUCUGUUUUCCGGGACGGGAAGGAAUCGUACAUCCACCGCUGCCACCAAUCUCCACGCUGACUCUCAGAAUGGGGAGCACUGACAAAGCUGCUUUGUUUGGCCGGGGUUUCUUUGCUCAGUGCGCCGCCUGAGGACGAGCAGGAAGUAUCUCGGUGGAGGGGUUAAGGGGGAGGGCACCGAGGACCCCGACGGUGGACCGUAACAACGACCUGCCAGGCUCAGGCUUUGGAUAAACACAGCGGGAAUAUGUCCGUGCUUGGAGGCCCUUCAUGGAUGUGUCGCCUUCUUCUUUGGACGGGGCUGGCGUCCAUCUGUUACGCCCAGCAGCACCCCGUAGUCACUACCAAUUACGGGAAAUUGCGCGGAGUAAAGGUUACAUUACCGAAUGAGAUUCUGGGACCGGUGGAACAGUACUUGGGGAUCCCAUAUGCGCUGGCCCCAACGGGGGAGCGGAGGUUCCAGCCGCCGGAGCCGCCCAUGUCCUGGCCGGGAAUCCGGAAUGCUACUCAGUUUGCACCGGUUUGUCCUCAGUUCUUAGAGGACCGUUUUUUGCUAAAUGAUAUGCUCCCCGUUUGGUUCACCGCCAACUUGGAUACAGUGGUAACCUACGUGCAGGAGCAGAGCGAGGACUGCCUUUACCUCAACAUCUACGUCCCCACGGAGGACGGGGCCAACUCAAACACGCACGGCGCAGAUUUCAACAGUAAUGAUGGUGGCGCUGAUGAAGAUAUCCACGAUGAGAACGGGUUAAAGCCGGUCAUGGUUUACAUCCACGGAGGCUCCUACAUGGAGGGAACGGGCAAUAUGAUUGACGGCAGCAUCCUGGCCAGCUACGGGAACGUCAUUGUCAUCACAAUCAACUACCGGCUCGGCGUUCUGGGGUUUCUAAGCACAGGAGACCAGGCAGCCAAGGGCAACUACGGCCUGCUGGAUCAGAUACACGCUCUACGCUGGAUCAAAGAAAACAUCCAGGCUUUCAAAGGAGAUCCCAAGAGAGUGACCAUAUUUGGCUCGGGGGCCGGAGCGUCGUGCGUCAGCCUGCUCACCCUCUCACAUUACUCAGAAGAUCUGUUCCAGAAAGCCAUCAUCCAGAGCGGCACGGCGCUGUCCAGCUGGGCGGUCAACUACCAGCCCGCCAAGUACACGCGGGCCCUGGCAGAGAAGGUGGGCUGCAACAUGUUGGACACCAUCGACCUGGUGGAGUGUCUGCAGAACAAGAACUACAAGGAACUGAUCGAGCAGUACAUCACACCCGCAAAGUACCACAUCGCCUUCGGGCCUGUGAUUGACGGUGAUGUAAUCCCGGAUGACCCCCAGAUCUUAAUGGAGCAAGGCGAGUUCCUCAACUACGACAUCAUGCUGGGGGUCAAUCAGGGCGAGGGGUUUAAAUUCGUGGACGGCAUCGUGGACAGCGAGGACGGCGUGUCUGCCAAUGAUUUUGACUUUGCCGUGUCAGACUUUGUGGACCAUCUUUACGGCUACCCGGAGGGCAAGGACACUCUGCGCGAGACAAUUAAAUUCAUGUACACGGACUGGGCGGACAAGGAGAACCCGGAGACCCGGCGCAAGACUCUGGUGGCUCUGUUCACCGAUCACCAGUGGGUGGCGCCGGCGGUGGCCACGGCGGACCUGCAUGCUCAGUAUGGCUCGCCAACUUACUUCUACGCCUUCUACCACCACUGUCAGAGCGACAUGAAGCCCAGCUGGGCUGACUCAGCGCAUGGCGAUGAAGUACCGUACGUCUUUGGGAUCCCUAUGAUCGGCCCCACAGAUCUUUUCAACUGCAACUUUUCGAAGAACGACGUGAUGCUGAGUGCUGUCGUCAUGACCUACUGGACGAACUUUGCUAAAACAGGGGAUCCAAACCAACCGGUCCCACAGGACACAAAGUUCAUCCACACCAAACCCAACCGCUUCGAGGAGGUGGCCUGGACCAAGUACAACCCCAAAGACCAGCUGUACCUACACAUCGGCCUCAAACCGCGAGUGAGGGACCACUACCGUGCAACCAAGGUGGCAUUCUGGUUGGAACUGGUUCCGCAUCUGCACAACAUCAAUGAAUUCUUCCAAUACGUGUCCACCACGACCAAAAUCCCUCCACAGGACACCACCCCGUACCCUUACACCAAACGCUUCCCGGGCAAAAACAACUGGCCGUCCACCACGCGGCACCCGGGGGUCCCGCCCGCCAACACCAAACAAACCACGGACCAGCGAAAGAGCAGCGAUCUGACCGAUGAGUCAACCGUUGUUAUAGAAACCAAGCGGGACUACUCUACAGAGCUGAGCGUCACCAUCGCGGUCGGAGCCUCGUUGCUGUUUCUCAACAUCCUCGCCUUCGCUGCGCUCUACUACAAGAAAGACAAGCGGCGACAUGAGACCAACCGGCGAAUCCCGACGCCGCAGCGCAACUUGGCGCCGACCAACGCGCCUUCCGCCACCAACGCUAACGCCAAUGACGUGGCCCACCUGCAGAGCGAGGAGCUGAUGUCUCUGCAGAUGAAGCAGCAGCAGCUGGAGCACCACCACGAGUGUGAGUCGCUGCAGAGCCACGAUGCGCUGCGCCUCGCCUGCCCGCCUGACUACACGCUGACGCUGCGACGCUCGCCUGACGACAUACCGCUGAUGGCGCCCAGCACCAUCACCAUGAUCCCCAAUGCGCUGGCUGGCAUGCAGCCUCUGCACAACUUCAACGCUUUCGGGGGCAGCCAGAACAGUACCAACUUACCCCACGGCCACUCCACCACGCGGGUAUAGCUUCGCUGGCAGGGGCGGAGCGGCGGUGGGGGGAUCAGCCCAGAAUGUUUUUUCUAAAGUCCUGACACCCAGAGUUUUAAAAUAACUUCACUUUUCCUCAGUCUCUCUGACUGGAUCGGCAAAAUCAAUGCAGAAAUAGGUUUCAAGAUUAGUUUACGCUAAAUUCCUACCAUACCGACGAUAUGUAGCCUUAACAAAUGGUAACAUCAGACAAUUCUUGCCCAUUUUUAGGUGGCAGGAGUGAAAAAUGUGUCAUCCUGCAACCUGUUCUCACUCCCAACUCUUUAAAUACUCGUCAACAUUGGUCAGUGGCUCUCAGCGUCAGAUACCGACACACAAAGCACCCUUUAGCGUCUAAUCCUAACCCUGGCUCCUUUAAUCUGUUUUUAAACCCUUUUUAUUCCUCUUAAA